AUGAAACAGACUCCGCCCCUUUUUUUGCAAAUUGCGAGAUAUAAUUACCUCUACCUCCAUGGCCUUGCAUAUUAUUCUCAGUUGAAUGGCGUUAAUGGUUUAUGUUGCAUGUGGGACUCAUUAUCUACCCGACCUGCUGCAAUUUUCAAUCCGAGUACAAGACAAGUGAGAUUUCUUCCCAACAUAGAUGGAGAAUUUUCUUCUUGUAACUAUUCAUUAGGUUUUGAGCCUGAAGAAAAGAAGUUCAAAGUUUUUUCAAGGUACAAAGAAAGACACUGGAUUUUCACUUUAGGCAUAGACGAAUCAUGGAGAGAGAAUAAAAACAUUUCCUUUGCUAUUCCGUAUUUUAAGCCUAGUGUUUGCAUUAGUGGAGUUAUCUAUCAGCUUAUUAAUGGUGAUAUAGCUGCACUUGAUAUUAAAUCUGAAAAAUGUGAAACUAUUGCAUUGUGGAACUCAUUGGCGUUCCCUCAAUAUGGAAUGGUAUGA